AUGGCAACUGCCACUGUCAUUUCGCCACACGUACAGAACCCCCAAAUUGUACCUCAGUCAGUGUUCGGCGAAGAAACACCACGGUCCAGCAACACGAGCACCAGCAACGAGAAAAUAGAUCUUUCCGCUGCUCCUGUUCCGCGAAAGUGGUUCUUCAAAAGUCAUAAUCAUGGCUCUUUAGUGGAUCGUUCUGCUUCACCAAAUAGAAGCAAAACGUUUUGGAGGUCGCUCAAAUAUCUCUGGAACUUAUCGCCUCAACAAGUUGAUGAUUAUAUGGCAUCGUAUCAGAUCUACAACUUAGACUGGAACAACGAGAAGGAUAUGAUUGCCGCCCUAGGAAUUGACUAUCAAGAAAAAGUGGGAGAUUGUCUCAAGGCUUAUUAUGGUGUGAUCAACCAUUUAUGUGCCCUUGGUGAGGUGGAAAAAAUGUACAUUCCACCGUUGAUGGAUAAACACGCCUCGGUUAUCGACAACCAGCUCUUAAACGAGGAGUCUAUUGCCAAGGAGAUCAACCUCAAGGCCGGCGACAAAGUAUUAGACCUUGGCUGUGGGCGUGGAAGGGUAGCUGCCCACAUGGCCAACUACACCGGCGCAGUAGUGACCGGACUCAACAUUGACCCCAAUCAGAUCGCACAGGCAAAGGAAUUCAACUCUAAACUAGGGUUGCAAAAUGACUUUGUGGAACAUGACCAGAACAAUCUGCCGCUUCCUUUCGCUGAUCAGUCGUUCGAUGCAUUCUACGAGAUCCAGGCGCUAAGUCUCUGCAAGGAUCCGAAGGCUCUCUUCAAGGAGAUCUACAGGGUGUUGAAGCCUGGCUCUAAGUUUCUUCUCAUGGACUGGGUUAGUUUACCCGCGUAUGAUCCGACAAACGAAGAGCACCAGCAGUUAAUGCGCCGAGUAAAACCUCUCAUCGGGGCGGUAGGGACGCCCACACCAAAAAGCUUCGAGACCGCACUUCAAGAAGCGGGUUUCAAGGUCACCAUUUCUGAUAUCCCGAGUAUGGACGAAAAGCAAGCUUUGGUUAUAGACAAGGUCGACAUCUACUUUCGCGCUAUGCGUCAAAUGAUUCUUGGUGCUGUGAGGAUGAAGUUGAUGCCAGCGCACUUCAAGACGUUGAUCAACAGGUUAUGCUUGGAUGGCCAAGCAUUCGUGAAAAUGGAUGAUUUACGACUCUGCAGCACAGUAUAUCGGGUUGUUGCAGAAAAGCCAAGCAAUUAG